GGAGUGGGGUUGGGCUAGAAAUGAGCGUGAGCGUUUGGUUAAGUUUGGUAGCACCGCAGCGCAUACACAAUGGCUGCUGGAAAGAGGGGAAAGCAAACAAUUUUCAGGCCCGCAGCGUCCACCAAAAAAUAUGAGAAAAAAAUUAUUAAAAAUUCAGAAAAUUGUUUGAAGUCAAGAAAAAGACAAUAGAAAGGAUGUUAAGGCUUCCGCGGCCCCAAGUACUAACUGUGUUGACCACAUGAAACAAGAAAAUCCACCCAAAACUAAAGCAUUUAGUAGAGCUGGGCCAUACCUGUGUCCAACGAGAAGGCCUGCCUUAGACUGCAAUGGCCACGAUCAUACCCGGUGAUUUAGCAGAUGUUGAGGAGACCCAGAAAGUCCCAGCCGCAGCAGGGAGACGUAAGCGAGGUGAAAGCAAACCCAGAAAAAACUUUAUGUGCCAGCUGUGUGAUAAAGCCUUUAGCAGUGUUGAGAAAUUAAAGGUGCAUUUAUAUUCUCACACAGGAGAAAGGCCCUACCCGUGCUCUCACCUGGACUGCACCAAGGCCUUUGUUUCUAAGUACAAGCUGCUAAGGCAUAUGGCUACUCAUUCUCCUGAGAAAAUCCACAAGUGUAAUUAUUGUGAGAAAAUGUUUCACCGCAAAGAUCACCUAAAGAAUCACCUUCAUACACAUGACCCAAACAAAGAGGCUUUUAAGUGUGAAGAAUGUGGCAAGAACUACAAUACCAAGCUUGGUUUCAAGCGUCAUUUAGCCUUGCAUGCUGCAACCAGUGGUGACCUCACCUGUAAGGUAUGUUUGCAAACGUUUGAAAGCACAGGGGUGUUACUGGCACACCUGAAGACCCACGCUGGUAAGUCUUCAGGUGGGACCAAAGAGAAGAAGCACCAGUGUGAACACUGUGACCGCCGUUUUUAUACCCGCAAGGAUGUUCGUAGGCACAUGGUGGUGCACACUGGGAGAAAGGACUUUCUCUGCCAAUACUGCGCUCAGAGAUUUGGUCGGAAGGAUCACCUAACACGACACAUGAAGAAAACCCACACGCAAGAACUGCUUAAGGUCAAAACAGAACCACUGGACCUUUCCGACGCCUUCUCCUUUAACCUUUCUUUACCAAUAAAAGACGAACUGCAUUCAAUGAUGUCCAUAUCUUCCAGUGAAGUUGCCUCUAAGCCAUUCGCCAACACUUUGCAGCUAAACAUCUACAACACCCAGAUCCAGCCAAUGCAGAGUGCUGGACCUGCACACCAAAUGGUCACCACAUCCUUGCCUUUUGGAAUGACCUGUCCCCUCGACAUGGAGUCGGCCACUCGCCUUCCCCACCAACUUUCUUUAAAAUAUCAACUUGGUUCUACCUCAUGUGCCAUUUCUAUGCCUGAAAAAGAACAGCCAUUAAAGGGAGAAAUAGAGAGCUAUUUAAUGGAACUACAAAGCAGUAUGCCAUCUUCAUCGCAGGAUACUCAAAGCGCUGCUUCAAAGCUACAAUUGGAGGCACUGGAUGAUGGACCUGGGGAUGUUUCACUCUCAAAAAGCUCUGCUUCUGACAGUGAACCUCUUCACUCCUCUUCAUUAGACUUCUCUCAACUAUUUAAUUUCCUGCCUUUAAAUGGCCCUCCAUAUAACCCAUCUGUUUCAGUCGGAGGCCUGGGAAUAAGUUACAUCCAAGAGGAUGCUGUAUCCUCUCUGUCCCAGCUCCCCUCACAGUCCCAUGAGCCACAACACCCUGGGAGUGGUGUGGGCAUAGGCCACUUGCCAGGAUUGCCUUCAGCCUUUACAACCAGCCUAAGCACAACUACCACCCUGCCUUGCUUUCACCAAGCCUUUCAGUAGGCUAUGGGAGCUUCUUACCAGAGGAAAGCCAAUGUAUCUGCCAAAUAUUCUAAAAUAUUUUUAAAAAGCCAGUAACAUAAUUUAAAUGUAUUGUAGAUUUAUAAGAAAUAUAGCCUUUUUGGUGGUAAUGUGGUUUGGUUUUUGAGAACAUCCACAGGUGGCGUUUUGCCUUAUUCUGAGAGUGGAUCUUAUAAGUAGUGUUAAACUGACAGUUUUAAAAAGCUGCAGCUGUGAUCGGCCUCCACUGCCAUUUUUUUCUGAAAGGUCAAUAUCAGCCUUUAGUAUUUUUUGGAUUUGGAGAGGUUUCCUGUAACAGUGAAUGUCCCUAAUGGGCAUUUAACAUAAACGCUAAAGCGUUAGAAUAGAGUCCCCUUUCUUACAAAAGCUUGGUGCAAUACUGUUAACAGUAACCAGUUUUACAUGUCUAAAUAAACAUAUAGCACUUCGCAUAAGUUCAGGUGUAUUUAUGCCUAAAAAAAAGUUAAUAUCCUGCUAAGCAUUUGCAGUCCUUUUAAGUCCCUCAGUUUUAGUGAAAUAUUUAACUGUUAAUCAUGUAAUAGUACUUAUUGCAAAUUAUAAGUUAUCUAUGUCACUUUGAACUUUAUUGCCAAACCUGUUCAAACCACAUUUUUUUUCUGCUGUUGUGUUGUUUUUUAAUUCAUUAUAUAUGAUAUAAUGUUGCACAGUUUCCUGUGAUUUGCUGUGCCUACUUUCAGUAUUUUUUUGCAGUUGGAUUACUUUUGAAAUGUAAACAAAAGUUCUGAACCCACUACGAACAUUUGGGAGAAUGUGUGUAAAAGGUUGCACAGCUGUGGUUGUAACCAUUCUCUUAAACAAAAACAAAAAAUUUUACCAGGUUACAGCACGGGGGGGGGGGGGUGUGGACAAGGCAGUAUUUGUGCUUUUAAAUGGUGCAUGUAGACAAAUAUAGAAAACACAUUCAAAUCUGUAUGCUGACAAAAUAUGAAAUGUAGAUCUUCCCAUGUCAGUGGUGAUUUCAAUUUUAAAGUAUUUUUUUCUAAUACAAAUAACUAAGUUUUAUUUCAGUAUAAGCAACUGGAUGUUUGUAGCAGAUACACCCUUUUUAUGUGAUCUUUGGGUAUUUACUGUAUUGUUAAACUUUCAGCGAAUAGCAGUUUUUGCCCUAGUGUGUUGAUUAGGCUCGUGGGGUUUGUAUUUAGCAACAAGUCAAAGAUUUAUGUUUUAAGUUGACUGGUUCACGUGCCAUUUGCUAGUCUUGGCCACAUAUAAAGGGAGAAGGGUUUGCAGAUAAGUCACAAAGAAGGACCUCAAACACAACUUUUGAACCUCAUUCACUUUUUGUGUAGUAGCACUGAUCUUGUGAUCAUUCUGUGCUUUUAGUUUAAGUGAAAGAUAUUGGCAAGUUUUUUUUGUUUGUUUUUUAGUUUUGGUCUUCUUUUAUAGAUCACUGCUAGCUAUGAAAAGUUUGCAACCUUAGUUAUGUGGUGAUUUAAAAAAAAAAAAAAAAAAAAAGCCUUGGGAUAUGUUUUUUCAAAAAUAUGAAUGAGCCACAUCUAUAGGUUUUAUAGAAAUAUAAUAUUGAAUGUAUUGUUAAUUGGUUUAAAUGUGCUUAAGUGUAUUUUGUCAAGAGAGUAUGUGGUUUUACAUUAUUGCUUGAUCUGCCUCCGUAUAAGGCAUAUUAAAUAUAGCACUUUCUAAAAUCGGAAGCUUUUUUAGAGCAAAAACAACCAAGGAUUUGCUUUAGGAUUUGUGUUUCAUGCCCUUAGAUUUCUUAUAUUUAGUCAUUAGAAAGUUUCUUUUGUAUAUACAAGUUUUAAAAUGUGUAAUAGUCUUAUACAGGUACAAUAUUUUACAGUUUUUGUUUUGUUUUACUAUCAGUGUCAUUUUGCUUUACUUGCACAAAAUUUCUGUGUCCCUGACUUGAGGCUGUCAAUGUAAUUAAACUAGUUUCAAAUCCAUGCAUAUUAAACAUUUUCUCUUCUAGAGAAAGCAUGUGGCUCUUAAUGAAAAAUCACAGUAAUAAGUAUGCCCUAUCUGUUAAUCCAACACAUUUACUGUAAAAUGUACGUAAACUUUCCUUCAAAUUCAGUGCCCAGAUCUAUUUUAUGAUUACCUGGUGAAGUAUAUGUGUAAAAAUUGUUGUGACCAUGUAGUUGUAGCAUAUAUAAUUGUCUUGUUCUGCAUACUGUGAAUAUAGUUUUAUGGUGACCUAAUUUUACAGAAUGUGCUACUAAUGACAGGCAAGUUUAUCUGGUGCAAUCUGCUUGCCCACAUUUACGAAGGUAGAAAACAGAUUGCAUAACAUUCUUUUGACGUUCAAUUAUUUUCAACAUGCGUUCUGUCAGUUUUCAUACCAUUGUCACUUGUUUGGGUGCUACUCACUACUUCAUAAGCAAUACAAACCCUAGCAGCCUCUGUCAAUUCCUGUGCUGGAUUCCUUUUCUAUUGGUAUUCAGUUCCUCCAGUGCUCUAUACUUUUUACAAACCCUUGUAACUUUAAAUGGUUGUAAGUAAUUGCAAAGGGUUUUAUUGUACAAGUAACAUAAAUUAUAUACACUAUCAGUACUAGAAGUUUAAUUAAAACAUGUGUAAUGCAAUAAAUGUAUUGGCUACUAAUUUGUUAACUGGUAAGGAUAAAACAAAAAAAUCCUUGUGCAUCAAAAGUCCAAGAAAAUACAAAUUAUUUCAAGUUAUAGAGUUCAAUUGCAGGUAUAUAGGGGAGGAAAUUGUAAUGAGGUAGGACAUGGAUUUUAAAACAUGUAAACCUUUUCAUCGGAGUGUAUUUCACAGCACACCUUUCAAAAAAAAAAAAGUUAUGUAACAGUGAGCCAUUUUGUCCUUGUUUUGUGAAAGGACUUGCAAGUCAAGUGAGAGACACAGAAUUUCAGUAUAAGCUUCAGUGGUACAAGUGAACCAUAUUGAAUGUGUAUCUUAGAAACACUCCCUGCAAUAUUUUUGUAUUGGAUCAUGCUGCUAAUGCACACUUCAAAACUGCUCCUCAUGGUGCUACAGACCCCUUUCUAAACAAGUUUUUAAUCCAAUUGAGCUAAAAAUGCACAGAUACUAUGCGUAACUGUCAUCAUAUUUGUGUACUGCGACUUAAUCUUUUUAUGGAAUUUUUCUUCUGUAAUCACUAGGCAUGCUACUAUUUGAUUUUUUUUUUUUUUGCCAAAUCGACGUUUAUUUACUGUUUCGGUUUAUUUUUCAAUUGAAGUAGAGUGGGUGAAAUUGACCUAUGUUAUGCUUUAAAAAAAAAAAAACAAAAACAAAAAAAACACUGCCAUUGAGAAACGUCUCAUUUAAUGAAACCCCUUUAUCGUACUGAACAUGCAACAAAGCCAUAGUUACCAACAUUCUCGUUGAAAUAAUGUUUUGUCACAGCAGAGCUACCUUUUAUAGAUAAAGAUCCUACGCAAAUUUAAAAAUAGUCUCAAAUUCACUGUAGAAAAUGCAAUAUAAACAUGUAUUACAUAGAUUUACAAGUAAAAAUAAUAUGCACCAAAAAACCAUUCAAUAGCAUUAGGCGCUUUGAAUGACAGGUGCUGUAGCUUGCAAGUGAACGUCCACAAUCGGUGCAGGUUUGAUUUGACAGUCAUUUAAAUGAAUGAGAGCAUUCUAGCGCUGCUUCAGUCAAUGACAUCUGUCGGAACAGAAUGACUGACUGACCAUUCAGAGCGAAACGGAGACAGGACAGACAGCAAGUAUUAACUACACAAACUAGACUUGAUUUCUAAAUUAUAAUUUUGGUAAGAAAAAAAAUAGCGAGUGGUUUUACCGACGUUUAUUGUAUAUAAAUUAACUUAAUUUAACGACAUUUAACAAGCUGUACAGAUUUAAAAUCGAUAAGUAGCAAGCCUAAAUAUCACAAUGUAUUCUUAUGCGAGGAAGACGGGAGUACCCCCUACUGUUCUUAUCUUGCAAGUGGAGUACAAGUUGAAAGCAGUUUUCUGGAAGGGACGAGAAGGGCAUUUGUUUUUAAACAAAUAUGAAAACUUCACCUAGCUGGAAAAGCCCCCCCCCCCCCCCCCUUCUCCUCCUGUUUUGGAGUUUUAAGUAACAAGUAGGUGUUACAAAGGAAUGGAUUUAACAGGGGAAACUGCAUUCCAGAUGAAUUUUGAAUAUUCAUCGCAUUUCAGUAAUGCCAUCCUGUGAUAAAGGACGAUGUGUUUCCUAAUCAUGCCUAUUUUACUUAAUGUAUUUACAAACUACUGUUGUAUAUGUGUGUGUGUAUAUAGACAAAAGAUUGUGCGCAUAUAUAAAUUGUGCACAAGCUGUGUAAGAUAGUAAUUACAUUAACGCUGCAACUUUUCAUCAAAUUCCUAACAUUGAAAUCAUCCAAAGAGACAGAUUUAUUUGUCUGGAGAUUUUUUUUAUUUUUUUUUAAAUGGUACCUUGCUGCUGUUUAAACAAUAGAGCUGCAUUCUUACAGGCAACAGUGUUGUCAUUUUUUUCCUACAGUAUAUGAAUUGUUUAAAUAAAUAUACAAGAAGGAUUUAGUUAGUACUGUGCGGAAGAGUGAAAUCCUAGAUUGUGUUCUAACCCAUUUAAUAUGAUGUGUGUGUGUGCGGGGUGUGGUUUUUUUUUUUUGGUCUUGACUUUACAAUACUCCUGAAAGAUCCCCGGAACACUCCUCUAUGGAGAGAUUUUGGAAACGGAUCCAGCUGCUGUUCUUCGAAAGAUUAUUUUUAUAUAUAAUUAGGCAAUUAAAUAAAUAAUAAAAAAAGCCAAAUUUAAACUUGAACGAUUACUAGAACUUGUGAAAAACAGUAUUUUGGGGGAUAGAUUGGAUUUGUAGUUUUAUUAGAACAUUUAACACCAGAUCUGUGUGAGCUCGGAAUAUCUUGUGGUAACAAAACACUAGGUAUUUGCUAUUGUCUUAAAUAUGGAUGUUUUUUUACAUAAAUAUCUCUACCAUGGAUAUGAUUUUGUUAUGUUUUUAUUCAUUAAUUAAAUUCAGUGUGAUUAAAGGUGAAAA